AUGUCUUUAGUCCAGCGCGUUACACCCAUCGAAGGAACCGAUCGCGAGCCAGUCGAGCAACAUGAUGCGUGGCAGCCGAGAUAUGGAACGAUCAAACACUCCGGCUCGGUGAGAUCGUUACGGAGAGUCAUCAGCUAUGAUACCCUCCCAAAACCUGACGAAGAAUCUCAUGCGACGCAUCCGAGCGGCGGCGUUGCAGCCUACAAGAUCUCGACGGCGAGAAGGCUUGCUCAGGUGGUCGUGACGAUUCUGUCUUGCUGGGUCGCUUCGGGGAUUGUGUUCGGAUUUGCAGCGCUGAAGCCCGUACUCGUCGACCAGGGCGUGUAUCGCGAGUUAUGUACGAAGGAGGAGUUGGAGCAGGGCGUGGAGGUCUGUUAUGAGCAAGAUUUGAGACUUAAUCUCUUCUUCGCGAUAGCUUCGACAACCUGUAAUAUCUCCGCCUUGGUCGUGGGAACCAUCCUGGACCGUUAUGGUCCUCGUGUCGCGAACAUCAUCGGGUGCAUUUCAAUGGCACUGGGAAGCUUCUUGAUGGCGGUUGCAUUUACCAUUCCUGCGUUCGAUGGGUACAUCGCUGGUAACGUAUUCUUGUCUCUCGGGGGUACAUUCAUCUUUGUCCCAUCAUUCCAGAUUGCGAAUGCUUUCCCAAAGUACUCUGGCACGAUUGUUGCGAUGGUCACAGGAGCUUUCGAUGCAUCAGCAGCGGUGUUCCUCUUCUUCCGGUUGGCAUAUGAGUCUUCCGGCGGCUCGUUCGGGCCCGAGAAGUUUUUCUACGGAUACAUCGCAGUGCCAACGGCGAUACUGAUUGCACAGGUCUUUCUGAUGUCCGCAGAUAGCUACAAGACCGUCAUACAACUGGAGGAGAAAAUUGAGAAACAAAUGGACGCCACUCAAGAUGUCCACGACUCCGACGACGAGCUGAGCGACAACGAAGUGCGGAGACUGCGCGAACACAGACGCGAGCAUCGGGAGUCCAAGAUCGCGCAGAUCGAUAAGCUGCUCGGAGAUGCAGAGGAGAGAAAUGUCCGGAUUGAGAAGCAGGAAGAGCGGCUGCUCGCUUCUGGCGUGUGGGGUGCUUUGCAUGGAAAGUCUGCGAAGGAGCAAAUGCUUUCGCCUUGGUUCAUCCUCAUCACGUUGCUCACUGUGCUUCAGAUGCUGCGCAUGAAUUUCUUCAUUGCCACCAUCAGGUCGCAGUAUGAGUACAUGCUGGGCUCUGAGCAGCUGGCCAGGCGGAUCAAUUCGUUCUUCGAUGCUGCGCUGCCAAUCGGAGGAGUUGUUGCUACGCCGUUCAUCGGCCUGCUGCUCGACCACGUGAGCACCGCCAUGAUGUUGGCCAUCCUUGUGGCCAUGACGACCGCUGUGGGAGUGCUCGGCUCGCUGCCGUUUCUGUGGGCGGCGUACGGCAACGUAUUGCUGUUCGUCCUACUGCGGCCACUGUACUACUCCGCCAUGUCCGACUACGCAGCGAAAGUUUUCGGCUUCGCCACGUUCGGACGAGUGUAUGGAGCCAUUAUCUGUCUGUCGGGAGUGGUCAACCUCUCGCAGCCACUGCUCGAUGCACUGAACCACGAAUAUUUUCAAGAGAAUCCCAUCCCGAUCAACGUGGCUCUGGCGAGUCUCGGACUCGUGGUUGGCGGAAUACUCGUGACCUUCGUGUUUGUCCAGACCAGAAAAGUGCAGGCUGAGAUGGAUGAGAUGCGGGAAGCGAAUGAGCGGGAUCGUCUGAUACCUGAGGUUGAUGAGGAGGACUUUUGA